GGAAGCACUUACUGAACUUUACACUGAAGAUUAUUUACGCCUUCUUUAACAGUAUUUUCUUGUCACCUGACUCUGACUUUGUCCUCGACACUGCUGACACCAUGACAGUGUUUGAAAACUGUACUGUGGUGUUAGAUGUCAAAAACCUGCCUUUUAAAGAGAAGAAUAAACUGAGACUAGCUCUUCUGGAGAAUGGAGCAAACAUCUCAUAUGUCAUCAACAAAGAGUGCUCUUUUGUAGUCACUAGCAGUGUGAAUGACCUGAGCAGUAACCGGCAGCGCAGCAUCCAGAAGCUCCAGGUCCCAGUGGUCGGGACGCAGUAUGUGUGGAGCUGUCUGGACCAAGGGCAUCUCGUGCCUUUGACUGAGCAUAAUUUGGCCCCACAGCUGCUGUAUCCCGGCUCUGAAUUCCUUCCCCGUUCAGGUAGGACUUUCUUAUGUGCUCAUUUACCUGACCGUAUCUUUUCAUUUACUCAAUGCAGAGUUUAUAAAGAAGGCGACCAUGGCCUGCCUGAAUUUCCUUCUUAUUUUCAAGUGGCCAAGUAUUCGGUUUUUGAGAGGGUCAAACCCAAGGCUUUGUCUGUUUUGGAGCUGCAGAGUGCCAAAGGCCGAGCAGGCCAGCAGUAUCGUGUGUUGUGUUCAGUCUUGCGUGAAGCUGAGACCGCUGUGGUUCAAGACAAGCUUGUGUUCUGCGUGACAUCUGAAGAUGCUGUGGAAGCAUAUCUGCAGCUGAUGAAGGAGAUGGAGACAGAGGGAUUCACAAAGACACACACACUUCCCCCUGAGGUUGAGCGCUUGGCAUCCUACAGCCUGCAGCAGCUGCUGUUGGAGGAGAAGCUGAACUGCAGCACAUUAUCACAGGAAGUCGGUGUCUUCGUGGAGCUGGUUUGGACUGAAGCUCUCGGGUCCCUUAAUAACAUCCUGACAGUCCCUGUCUCCAGAAUCAGCCUCAAUGAUGUGAGCAGGGUGGAGGGAUUGUUACUGCAGGCACAAAAGACUGAGAAAGAGGAUGAAGUCAAAGCCCUGCUGGAGGAGGUCAACACUCUUCUGCCCCUGAGAAUGAUCGACCCUCCUUCCAAACACAAGCUUCAUAACUUCCUGUGGCACAUUUGUAAACUGAUCAGAGAUAUUGUAAAUGUCAGUGAGGCCACUCUGGGAAGCCCGUCGCCCUCAUCUCUGGGAAAGUAUCGAGCUCUGAGGUGCAGCAUUGAGGUUGUUCCACCACAAAACCCUGAGUUUCAUGUUGUCUCUCAACUGCUUCAGGACAGGCCUGUUCAGAUUCAGCAGAUACUGCGUGUCAGCAGAGGGGUGGAGCUUCAGUUGUUUAGAGAGGAUUUAGGCAACAUUAAACCCCUCCUCCACUCCACUAGUUCCAGCAGUUUUGUUGGAAUACUGUCACGAGGUCUGCUGCUGCCCAGGGUUGGAGUUGAACAGCAUGGGAUUGAGAGAACAGAUAUCGGGAAUCUUGGAGGAGGAAUCUACUUCAGUGACUCUCUGAAGACUAGUGUGAAAUACUCCAAGCCCAGUGUAACUGACGGCUCUCGGCUGCUGUUGGUGUGUGAAGUGGCGUUGGGUCGGUGUAAGGACCUGCUGAAGAAAGACACCACUUUGACUUGCGCUCCUGACGGCUACCACAGUGUACAUGGAGUCCGCCGCUCUCCCAACAGACUCUCUGAAUUUGAGGAUGAUGAGUUUGUCGUCUAUAACACAGAGCAGAUCAGAAUGAAGUAUGUGGUUCAGUACAGUCUGGAGGGGGACGAGUUAAAAGAGUUCCAGCCUCAAAUCAAAACCUUUGUGGAGCUCUCACAUCUCACGGACACAACGACUGAUGUCUUGUCCAGUGAUGACAGUGAGGGUUUGGAGUCCACUAAGAAUCCUCUAGAGGAGAUGAACGCAGGUUUGCUGGACAGCAGUGGUCAGAAACUUCCUCUACAGGCUGUCAAUGUGAAGUGCAAGCUGAUGGACCUGCUGUGUCAGGUCAUCAUUUUUCAGACCUACACAAACCAGAGUGCUGUUCCCAUUGAAGCAAAGUAUGUCUUUCCACUGGAGGAGACGGCAGCAGUGUGUGGAUUUGAAGCCUUUAUCAAUGGAAAACAUGUCAUUGGAAAGGUAAAGGAAAAAGAGCAGGCUCGUAAGGAGUACAAGCAAGCCAUAGAGAAAGGCCAUGGAGCCUACCUGAUGGACCAGGAUGCACCUGAUGUAUUUACUAUCAGUGUGGGGAAUCUUCCUCCUGGAGCCACAGUUUUGAUCAAAGUGACGUUCAUCACUGAGCUGCUGGUCAGAUCAGGCUCUAUAAUCUUCUCACUGUCUGGCAGCGUGGCACCAUGGCAACAGAGCGCCGCCCUUAAUCAGACAACUCAGGCAACUGUUGAAAAGAUUGGUGUGACGGAGCUUCAGUCAGAGGGAGAGUUCUCUCUAUCUAUGUCCAUUGAAAUGCCUUAUGAGAUCAUCGACUUGAGCUCUUCACACCGCAUCAAAACCAAGAGGACAGACUGUAAGGCAGUGAUCAGCACGUUACCGGGACAGACUCUGGGAUCUGAAGGGUUACAGGUGUCCUUCAGUCUCUCUAAUAUCCACAUGCCCAGGAUGUGGGUCGAGAACCAUCCGGAUAAAGAUAGUCAGGCCUGCAUGCUGGUGUUUUAUCCAGACUUUAAGUCAAGCGGGGUGUCCAGCUCUGGAGGUCCGUCCAGUGUGAGCGAUGUGGUCAUUCUACUGGACUCCUCCAAGUCCAUGCGGGGAGACUCCAUGCUAAACGCCCGCAGGAUUGCCCUUCAAGUCCUCAAAUCUCUGGACCGCUCACUGAAGAUCAACAUCAUCUCUUUCAGCACUGAUUACAAGGAAGCUUUUCCUGCACCAGUGCCUUUAGAUGAGGCAUCUGAAGCAGCCAGAAAAUUUAUUAUGUCGUGUAGCGGCUCUGGUGGCAGCACUGAUCUGUGGCGGCCUCUCCGGAUCCUGAGUCUGCUGCCUCCCUGCCGGGGCGUGAGGAACAUCCUGCUGCUCUCUGAUGGACAUGUUCAGAACCAGCCUCUGACCCUACAGCUGGUCCGAGAAAACUCCUGCCACACGCGCCUCUUCACCUGCGGACUCAGCUUGACAGCUAAUCGUCAUAUGCUCAGAGCUUUGGCUCAGGCAGGUGGAGGAACAUAUGAAUUUUUUGACACAAAGAUGAAACACACUUGGACAGAGAAGGUGCGCGCUCAGGUUCAGCGUAUGGAGUCUCCAGGCUGCAGAUCAGUGGCAGUGAAGUGGCAGCAGUUUAGUCCCACAGCGCCCCCUCCUGUUCAAGCCCCUUCACAGCUUCACGCUCUCUUCAGUGACUGUCACUCUCUGGUGUACGGCUUUGUGCCACACUGCACUCAGGCCACACUGUUUGGUGAUUUGAGUGGACAAGAGAUCAAAACAAUGGUUUCCACCACAGAACUACAAAAGACAAAGGGAACUUUCCUUCACAAGUUAACAGCAAGAGCGAUCAUCAGAGACUAUGAAGAUGGCAUUCUAAGCAACAGUGAGGCAGAACACGAGGGGAAGAAAGCAGAGCUGAAGUCCUACAUCAUUGAGCUCAGUAAAGAGUUCUCCAUCUUGUCCCAGUUCACAAGUUUUGUCGCCAUUGAGGAGAGGGAACAGAAUGAGCUUGACAGUGGAUUCACAGAUAUUCCUAAAAUCAUAUCAGAGGAGGAUGUGGAUAUUUUGCCAUAUAUGGACUGGACUGAAGAGAGGCUCAUGGCUGCAGAUAUUAUUGGUGCUGAAGAGGAUGUAUGGUUUUUUCAGAUGGAAUCAGAAGAAUUGUCCAGUAGCAGCUCCUCGUAUCGUGAUUUGGAUAUGGAUUGCAUGGAAGAAUGCAUUUGGAAUGAAAUAUCUAAUGAAAUUGAUCAUUGCGAAAUGGAGAAACCUGAGGGAUCUAGUAAUUAUUUUAUAGAAAGGUCCCCAGCUCCCCCUGAACCUCAGCUAAUAUCCAGAUCUCAUGCUUCUUGCUACAGUACCAUCCAGAGUCCUUCUCAUUCUAAGAGUAGCAAUGACGUUUUCAUAGGCUCACACAGGGAUUUUGCACAUUUGGAUGUGUUUGAUAUUACCGUUCCAAAGCCUCAUUGUUAUGCCACCGCAAUUGACCUCUCUGGUACAUCUGCUCCAAAGGCUCCCCGUCGCCGGGCUGCCCCUCUGACUGUUAGAGCCCUCAAGUCUAUUUCUUCCUCCAUGAGUGACUCUCCUGAUUCUACUCAUGUUGCGUUCACACAGCCCAUGUUCACGACCCCCCUGCCACCUCCUCCUCCUCCUCCAAGCCUGAUGGCUGCUGUCCCUGCAUUCUCUUCUCAGUCGCUCUUUCCCCCUACAUUUAGUUACUGCAGUAGUACCCCUAGACUUUUGAGUGAGUCUGUGAGUUUGUGUUCCUCAUCAUCUGGAGAUUUCUUUGAAGCAUCUCCUCAACAACAAGCACAACAGCAACAAGAAGUGCUGCGAGGUUUGCAAAUACAACUACAACAACAAUGUCUGAGGUCUAUUAGUUCUGCACCUGCUGAAGACAGUUUCACUUUUGAGUCUGAUGCUUCUCAAUAUAGAAGAAAAUCGAAAAGAAGAAAACCACGCUUGGCACGAUAUUUCACACCACCUCAUGACACCUUGCCAAAACUGAGAAGAAAAUCUGACACAGUGGCCUGGAAUGAGCUGUUUGAACUUCAACAUGAGGAUGGAUACUGGGAGUGCACUGACAGGCUGAGCAGCUUCCUCAACCUGGACGUAGACUUUUUUGCCAAUGUCUUCCUAAAAGAGAAAGGCAUCCGUUCUUUUGGUGUGAAGGCUCAUGCUGACAUUCUGAGGCUGGUGGCGACUCUGCUGGUGCUGCAGUUGAUCCGGGUGAAGAAGCUGGCAGUGGGACAGCUGCUCGAGUCUCUCCUCCGGCUGAAAGAGUCCCAGGAGCCCAGACCGAUGUACUGGGAAGCAGUGAAGAGGGCCGUGGACUGGGCCUGCCGGACAGACAGACAGUAUCCGUGUGUGUGCAGCAGGCUGGAGAUCGGCUGGGAUUGGGAAUCAUCUACACGUCAACUACUGGGCUGUGAUUCUCCACACCCAUAUUCCCCACUCAAACCUGUUCUGGAGAGACGUACGGGUGUAUCAGUCAUGUAGAAACUGGACAGACACUUCCCUCUUCAUUGACAGUUGCUGCUUUUGCUAUUUGCUUAAUAUUGCAAAAAUCUUUAUAGCCUUAAAUUGUCUCAAAGAUAUAUUUGGACAUUUCAGUCACACUUAAAAUGUCUGAAUUUCAUUGCAAAAUGUCAAUCCAAGUGUCAUUUACAAAUAAAUAAUGCAAAACUAACUUAACUUUUCUGGAAGGUUCACACAGAUAUUCUAGCAGAGCAAUUAACAGCUGCAGUUCAUCACAUUAUUACACACUAUGAAUAUAAUGCAAUAUGUUUAGUUGAAAGAUAAAUUCUUUUAUAUGUUUUUUUUAAGUGUAUGUAUAGACAUUCAGUCAUUAAGUUUGGCUUCAGUAUUCUCAGUCCAAAUACUUUUUGUAGUACUGUAUUCUUCUGUGUGAACUUGAGGAGAAGUUACUAAAUACAUCCAGUAAAAAUCACUUUCAGACCAGCUGGUUAACUGCUUGAAAUGCAUUUAUGUCUAUAUGAUCUGAAUUAUGCUUGGUUAACUGUAUUUUAGCGGUCUUUGUAGAGUUUAAUAAAGCAAUUUUUCUGAAGUUUACAUAAUUGUUAUGUAACAGUAUAAUUGUAUAACCACAAACCAUGUAAUCGCUUUAUUUCAGUGUUUUAGUUAUUUCAGUAUACAAAGUUAAACUAAAUGAAAAGGAGAAAUGUUGCUUUGGAAAAUAGCUGGAAUACAAAUUCUUUUAUGUUUUACUUCAUUUCAGUUUAUUUGAAGUAAUUUUUUAUGAUUUUAAUUUUAGUUUCAGUUUUGGUUUUAGUUAUCUAUAUAAUAACCCUGAUUGUAAUAAAUGAACAUGCAUUUGGA